AUGGAAGCAUACGAAAUCGAUAUACCAGUCGUCGAAGACGAUGAUGCGAUGUUGAUCGACGAAGAUACUAGACCAGCUAUCAAACGCAAGGGACGUGGUUUUCGAAGUGAUUCGAAAGAGCCAAGAGAAGGAGUAAGGUCUGCCGUCGAAGGAUGGAUUGUUUUAGUGGUGGGUCUUCAUGAAGAAACCACGGAAGAUGGAAUUACAGAUAAAUUUGCAGAUUAUGGUGAAAUAAAGAAUUUACAUCUAAAUUUAGAUCGAAGGACGGGUUUUGUUAAGGGAUAUGCUUUAGUUGAAUAUGAAACAUUUAAAGAAGCUAAAACUGCAAUUGAUGCUGUUAAUGGAACAAAGCUUCUUGGAUCUACAUUACAUUGUGAUUUCGCUUUUAUAAGAGCACCUAUUGGAAAUGGAGGCGGCGGGCAGGAGGUAGACGACGCGGAAGAUCUACUAGUCCACCCAGAAGAUAUUAAAUUUACUCUUUCGGGAGGUAUCUUUAGCGGAAAAAAAAUUUACGAUCAAGACUAUUUUAUCGAAAGCAGCAAAAAAAAGGGGGAUGAAACGACAAAUACAAGAUUACAAAAUUUAUAA